UCAUCGGGUUCGUCAGUUUCACCAGGUACAUCAGUUCCAACAAAUUCAUCAGAUCCACAAGGACCAUCAGGUCCAAAAGAUUCAUCAGGUCCAAAAGAUUCAUCAGGUCCAAAAGAUUCAUCGGGUCCAAAAGAUUCAUCGGGUCCAAAAGAACCAUCAGGUCCAAAAUAUUCACCAGAUUCAAAAGAUUCUUCAGGUCAAAAACAACCAUCAGAC